GACUUAACUUGGUAACUUUAAGUUUCAGCUUCUCCGCUAGGAGUAAAGUAUUCUGUGCAGGCCCGUGACAGCUUAGUUCCAAUUUAUGCAACUUGGCGCUACCGUCGCAAAUUUGUUCUCUGCCUACGGACGCCAUUUUGAGCAUGUUGACACGCCAUAUUGUGUUAAUGUCAAAUCAUAUUGUCAAAAGUCAAAGUUAUCGAUAUUGAUUGAUUGCCGCCAUAACCGAAUUUUCCUAAGUUAUUACAAUAUUCUGUUUUUGUGCUGCUCGUGUGAAUAUUGCAUAUACCAACAUAAUGGUAUACAAAAAGUGUUGUGUUGGUGGUUGCAAUACAACACAUGAAACGCACCGGCUUUUCAGUUUCCCUAGGAACGAUAAUUUAAGAAAUUUAUGGAUGUCUUUCAUAGUGCCGACAAAUCCCCAGCUCAUUGCACUUUCCAAAGAACAGUUACUUAACAAACACGUCUGUGAAAAACAUUUUGAUAUAUUUCAGUUCGACAAUGAAGGCAGAAGACUUCGAUACUCCUACCCGUCCUUGCUUACUGACAAUGAAAUAGCUCAUGGUGUGCCUCUAAUUGCAACAGGAUGGGAUGUCACAACUGAACAUAAUUAUUGUAAAGUGCAAGAUGACGAUGAUUUCACAGAAGCUGUGGUAGUGAUUAGAAAGCCUGGAAGUGAUGUUACGAUUGAACACAAUUACUGCAAAGAGCAAAAUGAUUGUUCCAAAUCAUCGGUAGAGAUUGGAUCAUCAGAUGUUGGAAAUUCUCAUGAACAGCCUUCAUGUUCAAAUUUUUCAACUGUUGCAACAGUUGUAGAAAAUAAAGAUACAUUCCUGGAGCAACCUCCAAGUGCAAGUACCAAAGGCAUGGAGAUAGAUGUUCUCGAAGAACUCGUAGGAAUUGAUUCUAAUGUUAAUGUGGUGAAUCAAAUGUUGCCAAAAGGUAGCACAUGUACAAAAAAGCAAAAAGGUUCGGUGAAGAAAAUAGUAUCAAGGAAAAGAAAAUUGGUUAAAAUUUUGACUAAUAUUGCAACUGAAACUUUAAGUGACUCAGUAUCACAAAGACUUGAUCAAGCCCAAUCCCUAUCAAGAAAUAAAGACCUUUUGGAAAACUUUUAUUUGUUAAACAAACAAGCGCAGACUUUCUUGUUUAUGCAAUUAAAACAAAUUCAUAAAAGCAAAAUGGCCAGAAGGUUUACCUUAGAUGAAAAAUUAAUGGCGUUGCUCAUAAUGAAACAAAGCCCCAAAAGUUAUAAACUAUUAGAAAAAAUGUUUGCCUUGCCUAGUAAACGGACAUUAAAUAGACUUUCUGAGAAGGUUUCAAUACAACCAGGACUCAAUCCAUUAAUAUUUGAACAUAUAUCAAAUACAACCAAAAAAUGGGACACUAAACAAAAGCUAUGUACAAUCGUUUUUGACGAAGUCUCUCUAACACCACAUUUAACUUUUAAUGAAAAAGAUGAUAUAAUUAAUGGGUUUGUAGAUAUAGCUGGAGAGAGAAAACUGAAAUAUUGUGAUCAUGCUUUAGUUUUUAUGCUAAGAGGAAUAUGCUCUCCAUGGAGACAGAGUGUAGCAUUUUAUUUCUGUGAAGGCACAGUAUCAGCAGCAGAGCUGCAAUGCAUUUUAAAACAGAUUGUGCCCCAAGUGAUACGAACUGGGUUAAUACCUUUAGGUCUUGUUUGUGACCAAGGGUCCACAUUUCGAACAGCAAUAAGAAGACUUAGGGAAGAUACAAUUCGUAGGCGGAAUAUUCAAGGUGUUCAUGAUGAUGGAUCGGUUAAUAUUGCUGAUCACGAUUUAAGCAUAUUUUUUGACCCACCUCAUCUCUUAAAGGGUUUAAGGAAUAAUUUUUUAAAUAAAGAUAUAAUUUGGGAAGAAAAAACUGCCUCUUGGAAAGAUAUUGAGUUCAUUUUUGAUUUGGAUAGCAAAUUGGGGCACACAAGGGCACUACCAAAGUUAACGGCUCAUCAUGUUGAUCGCCAAAAGAUCAAAAAAAUGAAGGUCAGCGUAGCUGCUCAAGUAUUUAGUGCUCGAACUGCUGCUAUGCUCAAAUAUACAAAUGCACUCAAUUAUUUUCAUACUGCAAACUCUGACGCAACAAUGGCCACAACAGCAGAAGUUGUUGAAUUCUUCGACACACUGUUUGACAGCGUCAAUGGCUACCCGGGUGGUGUGCAAAGAGGAAAGUUAAGACGAGCGGUUAAACAAAAUUCACAACAUCACACUUUUUGGAUUGAGGCCAUUAAUAAAAUUAAAAAAAUGGUUUUUGUAGACACCAGUAGCAAACAUGCUACAAAAGCAGGAAAACCUCGACUUGUGCGAGUGCCAUCCCAACAAGGAUGGAUUACAACUCUUGAAAGUUUUAUAAGGGUCUCCAAAUUGUUAUUUGAACAGUAUAAUGUAGAAUAUUAUUAUCCGAGGAAUAUUAAUCAAGACCCAUUAGAAAAUUUUUUUGGCCGUAUAAGAGCUAUAAAUUAUAGAAAUGUUAACCCAGAUGCAAACACAUUUAUAUAUGCCUUUAAAUCUUUGAUGUUAUCUAACAUGCUUAGUCCACAUUCCAAAUUCUCUAACUGUGAAGAGGAUAAUGGAGAAACAUUAUUAAAUGUUAGUCUUUUUUUUAAAAACCUUCAUAAUAAUAAAGAAAAUGACUCGGAAAACACUGUCAGUAUUUCGCGAGAUCUCCCAUCUUCUUCACAAGCAAGUUCAAGAGAAAAGUUGCUGGUGAAUGAUGUAGUCAUGGAAAAAAUCAAAGUCCACUGCUCAGCUUACACUGCUGGAUACAUUUGUCGGAAAAUAACGAGAGCGAUUCGUUGUAAGGAUUGCAUCAAAACAUAUAUUAGCAGUACGGAGACAAACAUUCACUCUUACAUUAAAUUUAGAGAGUAUAAAUUGUUAAAAAAUAAUAAUUUGGCAUACCCUAACGAAAAAUUCCUUAUCUUGUACAGGGAUGGUACUCACUUUAUUCAUAACUAUUUGAAUUAUAGCUGUAUUGGAAGUAAUAUAAAAAGUAAUUUGAAAAGAAAAAUAUUGAGCACUUUGAGUUUUUCCUGCCUAGGGUGUGAUAAGCAUGCCUUAAUUGUAAAAAACUUUUUCACCAAUAUUUUAAUUAGAUUACAUGGACACAAUUGGUGCAACAUAAACAAUAAAAUAUUGAAGGGUGAUAUUGGUGAAAAAUAUGUAUCUAAAAUGGGUGAACCCCAAAAAUUGGCCUUAAAGAAGUAUAAAAGUCUUAGGUUAAGAAAAAAAUGUUUAAGUAAAUAAAAUGUUGAUGAAGUGACGACCUGGAUAUGCAGGUGGCUUAGGACCGUGCUUUGUGACAUUUCUUGGGGGAGGCCUACGUUUAGCAGUGGACUUGUGAAGCGCUGUAAUGAUGACGGUGGUUAAAUAGAAUGUUCGGAUUCCUGAAACGUAAACUCUGUUUCAGGUCCCCGCAAACCAAGUAUAUAACGAGGCGAUAUUGCGAAUAGCUAUGUUGUGUGUGCCGGACAGGUACGUGUGGUGCCGGAAGCGGCCCCCACCAUUCGAUACACCGCGCGCACGUACCUUCCAAACGAGGCCCACUGACCCGAGUGCUGCACACUAAAUAAAGUAGCUCAGGAUGUAGAUUUAUUCUGCUGUUCCUUGGGUGAAUUUACCUAAGUGACAUUAUAUUAUGUAUUAUGUUAUAAUAGUAGAUAAGUUGUGUUCUGUCCUUAUUAAAUUAGAUAGUUUUAUAUGCCUACACUGUCGUAUUAGGUACGCCUGUAAAGACAGAGGUAGAAAUAAAUAAAUAAAGUUACUCCCUAAAAAUUUCUGGUCUGUAGCAACCUAGAAUAUGCUUCUAUAGCGCGGAGUCGAUUUUAUGCUACAUUACGCUAUUAGCAUCUUGAGCAUACUUGUUAUUUUUAAUGUUGAUGUCGAUAUUUGUUUAUUUUUCAGAUGCUUAUCACGUAACAACCUCCAAGUGAAAGUACCAACACCAAGGAGAUAAAUGUUCUUUUUAAAAGUAAUUUAUGUUACCAUAUAACUUAGUUAUAUGAUAAUAUAGAUUACUUUUUAAUUACGAUUAUACUAAACUGUCGUUAACAGUAGCCAUACAGAGUUAAUACAUACAAUAUAGAUGUAUACAUUAUAUAUUUAUUCUUUAAUUUUGGGUUUAUGUAUAAGAGCAUAAAAUUCACAAAUAUUGUUUGUUUUCAGGAAUAGAAAUCUGAUGUGAAAAGCUGAUGUGGUGAGACAAAUGUUGCCAGAAGAUACAAAAUGUACACAUUGGCAAAAUGGUUACGUGGUGAAGAAAAUGAAAUAAAAGAAGAGAUGUUAAAAUUUUAAAAAAAGGUUGUAACUUGUGUGCAAAAAAAAGGGUGAACAAUCCUCACAAAGACUUGCUUAAUGUCCAAUCUAUUUUAAAACUGUAGAGAACUAUUUGAAAACCUUUAUUUUAUGUUAAACAAAUAACUUUCUUAUUAAUACAAUUAAAAUAAUUUUGUAAAAAAAAUGGCCAGGCCAAAAAAGUAACUUGAAAAGUAAAAUAUUAAGCACUUAAAUAUGAUUCAUGUGGUUUAAUUUGCUUUAUUUAAUGAACUAUAAAUAUUGCUCUGUUUCUCGUCAAAUUGUACUUAUUUAUGCACAAUGUUAUGUACGAUUUUCUAAUUUGUUUAUAUAACUUAAUGUGCCUUUAAUUUAAUCCUAAAAUUACGUAUGUAUAUGAUGUAGGUGUGCUUGAAUAAAAAAUAAAUGUUAAUGUAU